AUUGGCUUGGGUUUCGUCGCUCUCGUUUACUGCUGUCGUGCGUGAUUGCCAACUCCAGAUCACCUCUAAUCAAUCGACGUUGGAUUUGGGGUUCCAGGUUUCGGCCUAUAAUCACCCUUUCUAUCUGCCUUCUUCGACUUAACUGCAAACAUGGCAACCACAGGAAUAGAGACCAUGGCGACGGAACCCUCGCAAACUCCCAUCCGGCAGAAAUCAGCUGUAAUGCAGUCUGUGGAGGACAUCAUUUAUGGAUCCAUCGCUGGUAUCGUGGGUAAAUAUAUCGAAUAUCCUUUCGACACCGUCAAGGUCAGAUUGCAGUCUCAACCUGACCAUCUCCCCCUUCGCUAUACGGGACCACUUGAUUGCUUUCGGCAAUCCAUUAGAGCCGAUGGGUUCCUGGGGCUUUAUCGUGGAAUAAGCGCGCCGCUUUUCGGAGCAGCCGCCGAGACAAGUAGCCUUUUCUUCUUUGAGCGCAUAGGACGUGAGGCGGUAUAUGCGUCUGGAUAUUGUUCGCGGGAUCGAGUGCUCCCGCUUUCGGCGCUGUGGUUUACGGGCGCAUUUUCUGGAGCGUUCACCUCUGUUGUCCUCACCCCCAUCGAACUCGUAAAAUGCAAGAUCCAAGUACCUGCAUCGGCCGAUGGAUCGACGCCAAAAGCUCCGACCGUGACGUCUGUCAUUCGCGACGUGUACAAGCAUGAAGGCGUAAAGGGCUUCUGGCGUGGACAGAUGGGCACAUUCUUUCGAGAGUCUGGUGGCUGCGCCGCUUGGUUUGGCUCUAAGGAGACAGUAACCAAGAUGUUUUACCUUCUCAACGAGAAGAAUGCCAAAUCGCAACUGGAAAAGGAUGCGUUAGCGACGGAAGCUUUGCCAUUGUGGCAACAAGCCGUAGCUGGCGCCUCUGCUGGCAUGUCAUACAAUUUUUUGUUCUUCCCGGCUGAUACCAUCAAGUCUCGCAUGCAGACUUCACCUGUUGGCGGCUCCGGUCAAAAUACAACCUUUUGGCAAGAGGGAAAGGCUCUGUGGAAUCAACGUGGAAUCAAGGGUCUCUAUCGUGGAUGCGGAAUCACAGUGCUUCGGUCAGCGCCCAGCUCGGCCUUUAUCUUCAUCGUUUUUGACGGCCUAAAGCGGUACCUACCGAUGUGAACGGCAUUCGUCGUGAUGGUUUUUGGAUGAGAUACCAAGAUGCGCUGACUUAGGAUAGAAGGAAAUAAACGGAUUAAGCGGGGGCAUUGGCGUUGACAUCUCAUUUAUUCCUGACUUUAUAUUUGAGUUGCUAUAGAUCUACUGAGUUAUGAUUGUGGUAU